AGUGCCACCAUCAGCAUCAGCAACAUCUGAAAUCACAAGACCGUUUCCAUUCCGCAUUGGGCUCCAUUGCAUUCCAUCUCCAAUUCCGUUCCCGAUUACGUUUCCGUCUUCUUCUUCCAUGUUUUCCGCGGAAUUGAAUUCUCCGAUCUGAGGGAAACCGAAACUCACUCGCCGUUGCUGCUGCACCACCGCGAUGACGAUGAAAAUGUUUGGGUUCUGGUGCUGCGUUCUCUCGGUCGUGAUCUUUGCUAGGGUUUCCGCUCCUGCCAGAUCCGACAAGGAAACACGAGAGAGGUUCUACGGGAACAUGCUCAACUCUUCUGCCCCCGAAUCCAACGAUGGCACCUUGGCCAAGAUGUUCGAUCGCGUUCUCGAGAAGGAAUUUUCCGAAAAUGACCAACCUGAAGAAUCUGAUAAAAGCAGCUUCAAUAGCAGUGUAGCUGAUCAGCAGGCUGUAUUGGAGACUGUAGCUAAAAUUACACAUGAGAAAACAAAGAGAAAUGAUACACAUGAGGGAAAUGUCACAAGAUCAUUUCAGUUGCAAGAUGUGUUCUCCCUGGAAAAUGAAGAUUCUGAUGAUGUGACAACCUUGAUUGACAAAAAGGACAAUGUCUUUGUGAUGUCAAACAAGAAAUCCAAAUAUCCUGUACUCCAAGUGGACUUGAGGCUAAUAUCAGAUUUGGUGGUUGUCAUAGUUUCUGCAGCCAUUGGUGGAAUUGUCUUUUCCUGUCUGGGGCAACCGGUUAUUGUGGGCUAUCUUCUUGCAGGCUCCCUUAUUGGACCAGGGGGUUUGAAAUUCAUCAGUGAAAUGGUACAGGUUGAGACUGUUGCACAAUUUGGGGUAGUGUUUCUUCUCUUUGCUUUGGGGCUGGAGUUUUCCUUGGCAAAGUUAAAAGCUGUGGGGCCUGUUGCUGUUCUUGGAGGGCUGCUUCAAAUUGUAAUAUUCAUGUUCCUGUGUGGCAUUCUGUCCAUGUUAUUUGGAGCCAAAUUGUCUGAGGGUGUUUUUGUUGGUUCCUUUCUGUCAAUGUCAUCAACAGCAGUGGUGAUAAAGUUUUUGGUGGAGCGGAAUAGUAAUAAUGCUCUUCAUGUUCAAGUUACAAUCGGAACUCUUAUUUUUCAGGAUUGUGCAGUAGGUUUACUAUUUGCUUUACUCCCAGUUUUGGGUGGUAACAGUGGUCUUUUACAAGGAAUAAUUUCAAUGGGAAAACUGUUGCUAGUGUUGUCCUUGUAUCUCACUGCUACAUCUAUAUUGUCUUGGUCGUUUGUUCCUCGCUUUCUUAAACUGAUGAUGCGGCUCUCAUCUCAGACAAAUGAACUUUAUCAGCUAGCUGCUGUUGCUUUCUGCUUGUUAUCUGCAUGGUGCAGUGAUAAGCUUGGCCUUAGUCUUGAGCUAGGUUCAUUUAUGGCUGGUGUUAUGGUUUCUACAACAGACUUUGCUCAACAUACUUUAGACCAGGUGGAACCAAUUCGUAACCUAUUCGCAGCUCUCUUCCUAUCGAGUAUUGGAAUGCUUAUACAUGUGCACUUCCUUUGGAACCACGUGGAUAUCUUGCUGGCAUCUGUUAUCCUUGUUGUAGUUGUUAAGACUACUGUUGCUGCUAUAGUUACAAAGGCCUUUGGGUAUAGCAUUAAGACAUCAUUUAUUGUUGGUAUCUCACUUGCUCAGAUUGGAGAAUUUGCUUUUGUUCUCCUGAGUCGUGCUUCAAAUCUUCAUCUUGUUGAGGGGAAAAUGUAUCUUCUUCUUCUAGGAACAACGGCUCUCAGUCUGGUUACUACCCCACUUUUGUUUAAAUUGAUACCUGCUGUCAUGAACCUGGGUGUUCUCAUGCACUGGUUCCCCUCUGAAAGUAGCACCCAAAAUGAGGUCUCUCUCUCUCUCUCCCUCUCUCAUAUGUCCCCUCAUAUGUGAUCAGAUAAUUGCUUUCACUCAAAUAACUAGGGUGCUUCUGAAACUUUAUUUGGCGGUGUUAGAGAUGAAUACAAUAUUUGUCCUCACAUCAUUUUGCCAUUAUAAGUAGGAUGCACUUUUGUUUUUUUCGGGGUUAUGAUUGCAAAUCUAAUAAAGCAUUAUUGGGGUCAACAUUACAUGUUUACAGUUGAUGCAUUCCAUAAUCUUUUACACUCUUCCUCAAUUGAUGCCAUUCCAUUUCAAGAAUUAGGUUGCACAGGAUGUUUCUAACAUGAUAUCUUCGUUAAUAUGUAUUUUCUCUAUUUGCUAUUUUAUUGAGUAUGCUUGGCUCCACCCUUCAUCAAUUAUGGAUAACCAAGGGUGUUGUGCUUCUGCCAAAAAUCAUAGAUGGCAUAAUAACAUAACCCGUCUUUUACUCUUAACAUGAUAUCUAAGUUGAUAUAUAUGAUCUCUAUUUGCUAUUGAAUUGAGUUUCCUUGGCUCCACCCUUCAUCAAUAUUGGAUAACCAAGGAUGUCCUGCUUCUGCCAAAAGUUAGGUAUAACAACAUAACCCUUCUUUACUCUUAACAGGCUAAAGCUUCAUUGAAUGAAGCAAAUAGAAUGUUGUGAGUCUCCAAGUUUCCAUGACCUCAAAUAGUACAUUGGAGGCAAUUAUCUACUUUUUGGUGACUAAUGAAAUCAGGAUUGCUUCUGUAUUUUUUCCAUUGCAAGUUCCAUGAUGAGCUUCAGAUGAAACGGUCAGCAUAUUCACUUCCAUUUAAGUCAAUGGAAGAUCUCAUGUACAUAGGCAUAUGAUUUUUGUAUUCUUUGAGCAAUGUAUAUAGGAAAUUACAGGCCAGUAUUGUUGCUUGCAUUGAUCUGAUCACGUCAUUCACGAUUAGCCUAUAUUUGCUGCUAGAAGUUGCUACAGAUGAAAUGAUUGACAAUUUUAGAAAAUGAUUCAUUAUGUUACUUUUUGUUUAAAGAUUCACCCCGCCUUACAUUGUUCUGUAACAUGUAACGAGCAUUUGAA